CCUACGUAAUUUUAAUCAAUCAAUUAUUUAUUGAUGGCGUCAUGGCAAUAAUUUAAUAGUAUGUAAUAUAAUUAUUAUUUUAACCAUUAUUUGGAAUUUAACAUUUGUAAACGGACUAACGGAGACUCCCCAAUCGGCAAUCGCUACCUCCGAUAUAUUAUUGAUACAAUAUAUAAUAUUUAUUAUAUUAUUAUGAUUUAUUAUAAUAUACGUAUAAUUUGACAACGUAUAAUAUUGUGUCUGCCGUCUGCCGAGUACCGGACUGGCGGUGGGGAUUACUAGAUGGGUUAUCGGACAGGAGAGCGAAGUAGGUGUACACACUACACAGCCGCGAUAUCAUUCAAUUAUUAUUAUUACACUAAAAAUGUUCGAAUUUCGGAAUUACCCAAGAUAAGCCGACGACGCACCGCCGUCACAGUCGGCGAUCGCCGACCGUCAACCCCGCGGCCCGCAACAUAAUACGUUAUGUACGGCCAUCCCUGCACCCACUGUGCAGACAUACAGUAACAGUGAUCAGUGAACACGUCAUGGUUAUUAUUUUUCUCAUACAGCGUUCAACAUCAACUAUUGCGACGGCUGUAACGGCUACAGCAACGGUAAAAAGUAUUUACCUAUAACAGUUCAAUAUAGUACACAACAUACAUCACAUCGGGAAUAAUGUGGCUUAUAGUUAAUUUUUUAAGCGACAACUCUGUCUCAGCAGUUCCUACAAUUUGGCUAAAAAACGGAUAUUGUGCCUGGCCAAAACAAUUCAUAAAAAACAAAAAUAAGUUUAUAGAAAAAAAAAUAAAACCAGGAAAAUCUCAAUUUGACUUUUAUAAAGUGAGACUACUAUCUGAAAAACCGAUUGCAUCUUACGCCGAAGCUAGGCUUAAAGCUUUAAAAGCCCAAAGCACUUCAGAUCUUUCUUCGGCCGAAGACAUUGAAUCAAAAACUAACAAAAAAAUAAAAAAUGCAGUAUCAAAAAAAAGUGUACCUAAAGAAACACCACCAGAAUUUUCAGAUUACAGUGAAAAUACGGAUAUUUAUGAUAGUGAUCAAGAUAUGUUGUACGUGCCUCCAAUAAAUUCCAAUGACAGUCAUUUAAAAAAAAAAGAUCGUGUAAGUUGUAAUGAACUGCUGUGUGAAAAACAAUUAUGUGCCUCUCCACUAAAUUUUAAACAUUUGGAAAAUGACGAUAUUGAUUGUUUAGAAGUAAUCAAUAGUCCUGUUGGAAAGUGGAAAGUACUAGAUGGAGCAGCAGUUACUAUAGCAGAUGAUUCAUUAAAUUUCAUUAAAAAAAAAGAUACUACAGAUUCAAAAGUUCAAGUUAAACGCAAACUAUUUGCUCAAAGUGAUGAUGAUGAUGAGGUGCUGGAGAAAAAUUUUGGUAAUAACAGUAAAAUUGUACGAUUGGAUACUGAAAGUUUUAAGCAAAGUCUUAUUGAACCUGCAGAUGUAGUAAAAGUGGAUGAUUUUAAUAGACUCAAUGAUUAUGUUAGAACAUCAUUUACCAAUUUAAAAUAUGAUAUUAAACAUUUGGUAUAUGUAUCAGAAUCAGUUAAGAAAAUGCUCGAAAAUGUUAACAAUAUCUGCUCAGAACUGGGUGUGACAAAAAACUCUAAUUUAACUGCUGUAUCUGUAUUAAAUAAUGAAAACCUCCCUAUAUCUAACGAAGAAACUAUAAACAGUUUUGAAAUGUUACUCGAAUCUUCUGCUUAUAGAGAUAAAGUUGUUUCGGAAUUAUCACUUUCAGUCGGAAAAACUAUUCCUGAAACCAUAAGACGUAUGAUGCAAAAACUAUUUGUCGAUGAUUGGUUACGCAAUUACUCCUAUAUUGGAUUUAAAGGCAAAAACAAAUUUUCUUCUUUGCACUCGUGUAAAAUAAUAUUUGAAGCUGUUCAAAGCUGUUCAAAGUUUGAAAAAGUCCCUGAUAUGGAAAUAGCACUUACAAUAAGCAAGUGGAUGGCUCAAGCCACUAAUCGUAUUACUAAAAAAACUAAAGAAAAAUUGUAAAUAACAUUAAAGUGUACUGUUUUAACAUGAAAAAAAAAAACUUUAAAAUAAAAAUGUUUAAAUAAAUAAAAAGAUUUGUAUGGCAUUUUAUAGUUACUCUUUGAAAUAUGAUUGAUUUGGAUUUUAAAUUAUUGAGUAAUAAUUAGUAGUACAGUAAAACCUUGCUAAGACAGAAUCGGUUAGGCCCGUCCAAUUUUUCCAUCUUAACGGAGUUUCUGACUUGAUAGAGGGCUCACAUUAUUUAUUUAUUUGAAUCGCGACUAAAGAAAUUAUUCUUUUUAUCGUGUUCCAAUCUUACAGAAGUUCUGUCUUACCAUAGUUUUACUGUAUGCGAAUUGAUUGUGGAUAUAGAAAUUAAAAUGGUUGUUGAUCAG